CUCUGACUCACUGACCUGCGCCUGGGAUACCGCAACCGUGCCACUGUGUAGAGUACUCGUGUUGGCAUUGUUAAAGGCGCAUUUGCUUGUAAAAUUGCAAUAAUGACUGAAGUGAGGAAGGACGACGUUGUAAAAAUUCUUCACACUUAUCCGUUUUGUAGAAAAUGUGAUAUGUCCGAUGAAAUGAAGCAAGAGGCGAUGGAAUUAUGCGUGACUGCAGCAGAAAAAUACGCGGAUAACUAUGAGAGUGUGUCUCGAAUGAUCAAGGAGACAAUGGAUAAAAAAUUCGGUGCGUCGUGGCAUACUGUUGUUGGAGAAGGCUAUGGUUUUGAAAUAACUUAUCAAUUGAAGCAUCUCCUGUACAUGUAUUGCGCUGGCAAUUUGGCAAUAUGCAUUUGGAAAUCUGCAUAGUGUACAGUUUUAACACCUAUUAUAACUUAUUUUAUAUAUUUAUGUGUUUACAUACAUGUAUAUAAAUGUGUUUGAAUGUACGUAUAAAAGUACUUUCAUAUAAAUGUGCAAAGCAUAUAUAUGUGAGAUAAACUGUCACCAAAAAAGAAAAGGGGAAGAAUAUGUUUUCUCAGUGUGGGUCCAACUGUGUGUUUAAGUCAAAAACUUUAUACUAUCAUAAUUAAACAUAUUAAAAA